AUGCCAGCUGAAACAGCACUCCCAGAAAACCUGGUAAAAUUGAAGUUUAAUGAGAAAGCGGAAGUUAAGCAAGUAGCUGAAAAGAAAUCACCUUCAAUGAAUAGUGAGUGUCUGUGUGAAGUUCCAACAAAUGCAUCUGAAGCUGAAAUUCUUGCUGAUAAAAAUUCAGCGAAACAAAAUGAAAAUGAAAAUGAUGACAUACAUUUUAUAAAAUCGGACAGCUUGGAUGAAUCUCCAGAAAAACGUUCUCCAAUUAAAUCUCAAAAUCCUCUUGUGAAAUCCUUGCUGAAACCAAAGGCUUCUAUAUCAUUACCAUCAAAAGACAGUACCUACUCAUUCGAUAAGUAUUCACCUCACACAUUACUAAACACGGGGUUUAAUGCAACGGAAGAGGAGAGCUAUCGGGAGAAUAUCCCUUCAUCAUACAGUAACUCUGUAAAUCCAAAGAAUAAGCUUUUAAUGAAUAGACUAUCGUUGCCAAUCACCACACGUGACAUAGUAAACAAAGCUGAGAAAGUCACUCUUGCUGUUCACGAGCCAAAUUCACUGAAUGCUACGAAUGUGAAGAAUACAAGUGUUACUCAAUUUGUAACAGCGAAUGUUGCAUAUACUGUUACAGAACCUCGUACUGUUCAACCUGUUAUUAGUCAAAUCGGUCGCAUUCCGGGAACAACUAUUACAACUGGAAAGGUGUUCAAUUCAUCUAAUUAUGGUGUACAUGGUUCGAAUAUUUCUACACAUACAUCUCAACAGUUGGUUUUUCAAAUGCAUCGAACUUCGGAUAUGAUAUUGGAUUCUAAUCAACAACUUUUAGAUACUCAACGCUGUUCUGUCAUCAAUCCUAACAAUUCAGUAUUUGUAUCCGAACAUUCACCUUCCGCUGUUACACGUUUAUGUUCUAACCAAGCUAGCAAUUUUACCAAUAAACUACAACAACCUAUCAGAUCUACUAUAGAUAAUAUGACUGGAGUUAUGCGUCAGCAGCAUACAUUGACUCCCAGUGUACUGAGUGUUCAAAGUCUUCAUCCAACUUCAUCUCAACGUUUUCGGAAUCCACAACCGUCAGUUAUUUCUACCAAUGAAACUUCAAGACCUAUAUCGCUUUCACACGUCUCGGGUCCCAAAGUCAUAAAAACCGCAAUAUCUGCCAGUAAUGUUGGGUCAACACACCCACCAAAUUUGUUUUGCAGUUCCAUGAUCAAUAUUACAUCAGAUGGUUUACCGAUUGUUGAUCAAACGAAUCGUACUUCAGUCGUUCCACAGAAUACACUAGUUUCAUCAAGUUCAUUGGGUCAAUUUCCACCUUCGAUUUCCACUAACAAUGUUAUUGUUCUACAUAGAGGUGUUGCGCGUAAAACCUUUACAUCUACUCCAUCGAUACGCAUAGGACCAAAUGCACCUGUGUAUACGCAAACUAUUCUAUCUGGAAACUAUUCAAACGCUUCAGCCGCAUUUCCCGGUCGUCAGUUAAGAAUUAUUGGAUUGCCAAAUUCACCUGUUGUAUGCAGUGCUAGCACUACUGAAACUCAAGUGUUCCUCCAGGAAUCAAAUGCAGUCAUUCGUAGUAUCAACGAAACAGUAAACAAUUCUAACACUAAUAUUAUUCCUUCAAGUCAUUUACUGCAUACAUCACGCUUGGGAACAAUAUUGGAAGUUGAUCUUGAUUCAGAAAAUUAUGAUGAGCAAAGUAAUAAUACAGAUUAUAGUAAUAGUGAUACUAGUGUUAAAAAUUCUCAGAACAUUCCUAUAAUUUCCAAUUCAUCAUUAUCGUCAUUUGACUCACCAAGAAUAACAACCCUUCAUAAGUCGACAAUAUCCACUUCAGAUGAAACUGCUGUUAAUCAGUUUCGUAAUAGUAGUAAUCAUGAACUAUAUGAUACAACUGGAUUAUGCACAAAAAUGAAUGAACAACCGUCGAAUAAUAUUACUUCACUGAAUAUUAUCGGUGCAAAUAAAGAGGAUAGAUUAUCAUCUUACAGUGAUGAUUCUAUUGUACAUAAACGAGAACAGUUGGUGGAAAUUACAAGUACCGAUUCAUCACAGCAGUGUAUCGAACUGGAUUCUUGGAAUCUUAACAUUAACAGUAAAUCCUCUGAACAUUUUUCUGAUAAUACCACUUCAAAUGUAUUUAACAAUCCACCGGAUGCUAAACGACCACGAUUUGAAUUAUCUGUAGCAUCAGUUGAAAGUUCAAAUUGA